AUGUCUCAUCGACAACAGUUGGCUAGACUAACUGGUUACAAGAGUUAUGCAGACCGAGCACAACAACAUAUGAUACUGAGUGGGUACGAAAAGGCCGAAGAGUUUCUUGAUCUGGUGGGCACGGUGAGUUAAUGUGAUUUUUUGUAGUAAGGUUGGAAAGGUAGGAUAGUAAUUGCAAGAUAAGAUGAUUUUAGAGUCUGAAGCCGUUGGUUGAAGAAGAACUAGAAGAUGCAUAUCGGAUAUCUAAGGAUAACAAACUCAUCACAUCAAAGGCCGAACUCUCCAGAAAUACGGUUGAAGUCGCCUCCAAAAUUGAACAGCGAAAACUCUAUUUACAGUACGGUGAUGUCUCUAGAUUCUUUGGAUUCGGCCGUGUUCUGAAGGGCUUUGGAGAUUUGUGUAGCGAUUUGUACGGUAUUAGAUUGAAGGUCUCGAAGUCGGAUCCACAUGAAAUCUGGGAAGGACCAGUGGUGAAGCUAGAGUGUCACAAAGGAGACCAGUUCUUGGGUACCAUUUACAUUGAUGCAGAGAGUAGAAGGAACAAGUCUGAUGGGGAUUGUCAUUACACUGUCAAGUGCUCCAAAACGGUAGGAUUUUUGGUGGUACUUUAAGUUGUACCAACAGUACCAUCUUUUAUUUUGUAUUCGUGGUAUCACCAAUUUUUAUAUGAUAUACCUUUGCCAUUAACUUCCUAAAGCAAACAAUGAUUAUCUUUUUUAGAUGGACGAUGGUUCUCAUCAGAAGCCAAUCGUGGUACUAUCAUUGUCCUUUUUUACCGUAAAAAACCGUAAUAUGGAGCUGAAUGAACUUCUGGACUCUGUGACCAUAAACCUGCUACAUGCUGAGAACUUGUUCCACGAACUUGGUCAUGCUAUCCAUUCAAUGCUUGGUGCUACAAGAUAUCAGCAUACAGCUGGUACAAGAUGUCCAACAGACUUUGCCGAAGUUCCUUCGAACCUAAUGGAGUUCUUCUUCAGCGAUGCUAGGGUUAGUUUACAUAUGAUAAAUGGUGAAUGAUGUAUAUUAUAUACCUGUGGACCGAUUUUCCAAAUAUUUUUUUUUCGUUUUUCCACGUACAGGUACCUACCUACCUGUGGAAUUUUUUUCGGAUCAGCUCUGGGGGAGGGGGUACCCCCCCCCUACCCUCUCCCCAAACGGCGUCCCUGAUAUACACCAUAAAUGUUGACAGAGCUUUUUGAUGAUUAUUUAUUCAUUUUUAAUUGUUUACUAUUAUAGCUAUUACAAUAUGUGUAACAGAUUUGAUAGAAAACAAUUUUUAGGUACUGAAACGGUUUUGCAUGGAUCCAAGAGGUACCCUUUUCUCGGACGAACAUGCCAAAGCUCUUCACUCGGCCUUGAACAUGUAUCCAGCCUACUUCAGCACACUACAGUUACUUCUAGCCCGCUUCGAUCUACAAUUACAUCAUUCAGACGGCGAGUCUCCUAUGUCAUUGUACCACAAACUGCACCGUGAAGUACUGCCAAACAUGGCCAUACCCGCCGAUUACGCAUACCAUCAGAACUUUACCCAUCUCGUGACAUACGGAGCCAAGUACUAUUCGUACACGAUUGCCAAGGCUUGUGCCUCACAGAUCUGGCAGAAGCACUUUGAGCAAGAUCCAUUCUCGAGAGUAUCGGGAGAGCACUGGGCGUCAGUUCAAGCACGAGGAGGAGAACUACCCUCGGCCAAGCUACUGGAACUAGCAUUGGGAACGAAGUUGAGUGUGGAAGACCUAGCAGAAGCUUUCAAGUUACAUUGUAUUGAGUUGAGAGAUGCAAAGCUAUGA